AUGCUCGAGGUCUCAGUGCUGAAGAUUGAAGAUCCAGGUUGCUUCUGGGUUCUUAUAAAAGGAUCUAGUCCCUUUUUAGAUCAUGAACUUGACUAUCAGAAAUUAAAUAGUGCCAUGAAUGACUUCUAUAACAGAAUGUGUCAAGAUGCAGGAAUAAAACCACUAAUGUUGGAAGAAGGACAGGUUUGUGUGGUUUAUUGUCAGGAGCUAAAGUGCUGGUGCAGGGCCAUUAUUAAAUCAAUUAUGUCUUCAGCUGGCCGUUGCUUGGCAGACUGCUUCCUGGUGGAUUUUGCCAAGAACAUUCCAGUCAGGUCUAAAAACAUCCGGGUUGCAGUGGAAACUUUUAUGCAGCUGCCCUAUAGAGCGAAAAAGUUUGGCCUGUUCUGCACAAAGCCGGUUACAUUGCACAUUGACGUCUGUGAAGAUAGCUCUGGGAUUGUGCCCGCCAAGAAGUGGGACAGUGCUGCUGUUGAGUACUUCCAGAACCUUCUAAGAGUUACUACCCAUGUGGAAGCCAAGUUAUGUGCUGUGGAAGAAGAUACUUUUGAAGUUUACCUUUAUGUAACUAUAAAAAAUGAGAAAGUUUGUGUCAAUGAUGAUCUGGUUGCAAAGAACUUCGCCUGUUAUGUGUCACCCUUGGAGAAUAAAAUCCUUGAUUCUCUGGAGAAAUCAAGAUUGAAUAUAAAGUCACCAUCGUUCUCCAGUAAACUCAACCCUGCGCUUACUCUUUGGCCAAUGUUUUUGCAAGGAAAAGAUUCUCAAGGGAUUAUAACUCCACACCUCAGUGUUUUGUGUCAGAAGCCAGGUGAGAAACCCCUGAGAUUGGCUGAGAAGAAGGAGUAUGAUGAGAAGAAUGGCUGUGUGAAAUUACUGCAGUUUUUAAAUCCUGAUCCUUUGAGAGCCGAUGGAAUCUCUGAUCUACAGCAGCUGCAGAAGCUGAAGUCAGGGGUGCAGCAGCCUUUUGUGGUGCUCCGGAACAAGAUUGAGCCCUGCUUAACCAUUGAGAUGUCGCCACUUUCAGCAGACCUAAAAAAGGUAAACGCUCUUCAGAGAACUAAGUUUCCGGGACCUAGCCACACUGAAUCUUACUCUUGGCCCCCCAUAGCUCGGGGCUAUGAUGUGGUUGUCAUUUCUCAUUGUGGGAAUGACCCUAUGUUGUACCUUCCACCGGUGCUUACGGUUUUGCAAACAGGGUUCUGCUACAAGUCCUUACCAGCUAGAAAUGGACCUCUCGCAGUCAUCGUGUGCCCUGGGUGGAAAAAGGCCCAGUUUAUUUUUGAAUUAUUGGGAGACUAUAACAUGUCCUCCAGGCCUCUUCAUCCUGUGUUGUUAACUAUUGGACUCCACAAAGAUGAAGCCAAAAAUGUGAAGCUUCCGAGAGGGUCCGAUGUGAUUGUUACCACACCGCACAGCCUCCUGAGACUUCAUCAGUACCAGAGCCUGCUGUUCCUCAGACUCUGUCACUUGAUUUUGGAUGAGGUAGAAAUACUAUUCUCAGAAGCUAAUGAACAAAUGUUUGCUAUAUUAGAUGACUUUAAAAAAAGCAUGGAAGUUGAAGAAAGGGAGUCGACACCACAUCAGAUUGUCGCAGUUGGAGUCCAUUGGAACAAGCACAUAGAGCAUUUGGCCAGAGAGUUCAUGAACGACCCCUACAUCGUGGUCACAGCCAUGGAAGAGGCUGCUCUUUACGGCCGGGUGCAACAGGUGGUGCACCUUUGCCUUGAAAGUGAAAAACCCUCCACUUUACUUCAAACACUGGAUAUCUCUCCAAGUCAGAUGCAGAAGACCUUGAUCUUCACCUGUUCAGAAGCUGAAACGGAAGCUGUGUAUAAGGGCUCGACUGCAGACCAGGGAGAGAAAAGAAGCAAGUCUGUUUUGCUGCUGACAGAGAAAAAUGCGUGCCAUGCCAUUGGUGUCUUGCGUUACUUGGAGCGAUCAGAUGCCAAAAUCCCGUCAGAGCUUUAUGAGUUCACCGCGGGGGUUCUGGAGGCCAAAGAAAAUCAAAAAGCCACACAACCUCUUUGUCAGUACCUUAAGGCUUUUGGUUUCUGCAAAGACAAAAGGAUCUGUCCUAAUCGGCACUACAUCAAUCCAGAAAUAGACACGCCAAGGAAAUUAUCCAACCAAACUCUGCCAAUGUGUGGAUACAUUAAAGUGAUUCCUUUUUACAUUUUGAAUGCAACGAAUUACUUCGGUCGUAUAAUUGCUAAGCAUGUGGAUCUGUAUGAAAGUCUUGCUGCUGAAAUGACUAAGUAUUUUAAGGAGUCCGGUAAUAAAACAAUUGUUGAAAAGGUGGAGAAACUUGAAUUAUAUGGAUUUGCAGAAAAAACAUUUGUUCACAGAGUUCAGGUGUUGGAGAUAAGCCAAAAAGAAGACCCUUGGGCCCUGGACAAUGUCCUUGUGAAGUUCAUAGAUGAGGGCAGGACUAGACUUGUCACAAGAGACCAGCUGUUCCACCUCCCUGAAAGUUUCCACACUCUUCCCCCACAAGCUGUGGAGCUCAUCGUUUGUAGAGUGAGACCUGCCGACAGUGAGAUGGAAUGGAACCCAAAGGUUACUAGGUACAUUCAUCAUAAAAUUAUUGGAAAAUUGCAUGAUGCAAAAGUGAUACUGGCUUUGGGAAAUACUGUUUGGAUUGAUCCGAUGGUACAUGUUACAAAACUUUCAAAUUUGAAAACCUCUGUCAUUGAUUAUAACGUUCGAGCCGAGAUUUUGUCUAUGGGAAUGGGUGUUGACAAUGCCGAGCAUACAGAGCAACUGAAAGCCUUGUAUGAAAGAGCUAAAAUGCCAGCUUGUGAAGAAACCCCUUUUCACCCCCAGAUAAAAUGGUUUCAAAAAGACGAUGCGAUCAUCUUAAAGAUAAAACUCAGGAAUGUAAAAGAUUACAGAUGUAAAUAUUUCAGAGAUAGAGUCAUUUUCAGUGCCUGGGUGGGAGACAAAUUUUACUUGGCUGACAUGGAGCUUCAGGCCAACAUAGUCAAAGACGACUGCAAAUGCCUAAUUACCAAUGAGGAGCCUACCAUCACGCUUGCCAAAGAGAGGAGAGAAUCCUGGUGUCGCUUACUCAGACACAAGAAUCCGAAUGUGGCUUUUGAUUUUGAUCACUGGGAGGAACGUGAGGAGGAAGGCCACUUCUCUAAAGUUAUAAAUUCUAAAAGUCCAUCCUGCAAAGUGGCAAAAGUAGUUGAAGACAGUUACAGCUCUUCAGAGGAUGAAAAAAGUGACAGUGAGUGA